AUGCUGCAGGAAGUGAGUAAUAGUGGCCUCUUACGAGCCAAGGAUUCUAUCACUAGCCUCAAAGAGAAGACAUCCAAGGUCACCCACCAUCUUCAGAAUCUGCAGGAAAGCUGCCGAAAGGUGACAAAAUCUGUGGAGGAUGCUGAAAUUAAGACCAGCGUGCUGGAAGAAAACUCAGCCCAGUUGGAGGAGAAACUGCGUAACUUACAGCAACAGGUUCAAGUAGAAGAUUUUCGUUGGAAAUGCAUGCUGGAGUUGGCCCAGAAGGAGGUGUUGCGGCUAUUGGCCCAGCUGGGGCUAUGCUUGGAGGGAGUGCUUCCCCAGAGGGACAGGGUACAAGUGGAACAAGGCCAGGAGCUUAGCACGCUGAGGGAAGAACUGGAUGAAGUCUCUGCUGCGGCAAAGCGGGCAUCAGUAUCACUCACUCAGAUCCGGAUAGACCUGGAUGGACUCCUGAAAGACAUAUCUCGACAUCUUGCAACAUUGAAGAAUAUGGAAGCAUCUGACCGGCCUCCUCCUAAUUGUGCUAGAUGUUCCAGCUACAGCAUUGUGAAUGCAGAGGUGCUGAGAAAGAUGUUUGAACAUGCAAUGGCACCCAUUUUGGAGGAGCUGAAGCAGCGGGGCCAAUCAGAAGGAAAAUGCCCCGGCUGCCAGCGUUUGCAGAAGACGAUGUCACAGUGAGGCACAGAGUAGACUAACCCCAGACCCCCCUGCCCCCAAUAAAAUGUUUACAGAG